CACUAGCGGUAAUAUUUUGUCCAAUUCCAUGGUCGAUCACUCCAUGGAUACGGAAGGACAAGCCUCCAACAACGAGCAGGGGGAUAAGUCUGGCCACCAGCGGAGGGCGCCGCUCAUCCUCCUCAACGUGAUCCUAAUGGCGCUGGGCAACACCGGCGGCCCGCUCCUCGUCCGCCUCUACUUCCGCUGCGGCGGCAAGCGCCGUUGGCUAUCCAGCUGGCUCGGCACCGCCGGCUGGCCCGUCAUCCUCGUCGCCCUCUUCUGCUCCUACCUCCGCUGCCGCCUGAGCGGCCGGCACACAGAGCUCUUCUUCAUCACCCCGCGACUCGUCCUCUCCUGCGCCGCCGUCGGCCUCCUCACCGGCACGGACGACUUCCUCUACGUCUACGGCCUCUCCUUCCUCCCCGUCUCCACCUCCGCCCUCCUCGUCUCCACCCAACUCGCCUUCACGGCCCUGUUCUCGUUCCUCAUCUUGAAACAGCGUUUCACGGCCUACUCGAUCAACGCGGUGGGGCUGCUGACGGUGGGCGCGGCGAUACUGGGGCUGCACGUAAGGUCGGACCGGCCUGAGAACGAGACGAGGAAGGAGUACUACGUGGGGUUCGCGCUGACCCUGGCCGCGGCGGCGCUCUACGGCCUCAUCCUGCCGUUGGUGGAGCUGAUGUACGCCAAGGCGAAGCAGGCGAUCACGUACACGCUGGUGCUGGAGAUGCAACUGGCGAUCGGAAUAUUCGCUUCCUCAUUUUGCAUGGGCGGGAUGCUUCUCAAUAAGGAUUUCCAGGCGAUUCCCGAGGAGGCGAAGGAAUUUGGACUGGGAGAGAUGAGAUACUAUUUGGUUCUUGUUUGCAGCGCCGUCUUCUGGCAGUUCUUCUUCCUGGGCACGGUAGGAGUCAUCUUCUGCGUGAACACGCUGCUCGCCGGCGUCCUCAUCGCGGUGUUCAUUCCGGUGACGGAGCUGUUAGGCGUCGUCUUCUUGGGGGAGAGGUUUAGCAGCGAGAAGGGGAUGGCCCUUGUACUGGCGCUUUGGGGUUUGGCUUCCUACUCCUACGGAGAGUACAGGCAAUCAGAGAAGGAGAAGGAAGAAAAAGCAGCUCUUGAUCAUCGCAAUGUUCAGAUUGCUUGAGGUUGCCAAGCAGUUCCGAUCAAUUAACAUACACUACUUCUAUAUAUCAACAAUAUUUGUCAAUGUGCCACGAGAGAAAAUGACUUGAUUUUACUGGCUAAUGAUCAUAAUUCUACUGAGCGAAAACUGAUCGCGGUGAUCUCGAUUCUUGCAAGAACAGACGAUGUUACUUUUUACACGAAU